CGCGCCCCUGAGCACGGUGAAGAUGUUCUAUCAUAUCUCCCUGGAGCACGAGAUCCUGCUGCACCCGCGGUACUUCGGUCCCAACUUGCUCAAUACGGUGAAACAGAAGCUCUUCACCGAGGUGGAGGGGACCUGCACCGGGAAGUAUGGCUUCGUCAUUGCUGUGACUACCAUUGACAAUAUCGGUGCUGGUGUGAUUCAGCCAGGCCGAGGCUUUGUCCUUUAUCCAGUUAAGUACAAGGCCAUUGUUUUCCGGCCCUUUAAAGGAGAGGUUGUGGAUGCCAUUGUCACUCAGGUCAACAAGGUUGGACUAUUCACAGAAAUUGGUCCCAUGUCUUGCUUCAUCUCUCGACAUUCCAUCCCAUCAGAGAUGGAGUUUGAUCCUAACUCUAACCCACCAUGUUACAAGACAAUGGAUGAGGUAAGACAUCAGCAGGAUGAUGAGAUCCGCUUGAAGAUUGUGGGGACCCGCGUGGACAAGAAUGACAUUUUUGCUAUUGGCUCCCUCAUGGACGAUUACUUGGGGCUUGUGAGCUGAGCAUGGGAACCUCACACCUUGCUUGGUCCUGAUCUAGGAAGUCUGACAAGUGUCCGUCACACUUCUCGUUAUGCAGAGACCCAGUCUGGCUGCUGUUGUGGAGACAAGGAAGUUUCCUUGCCCCCAAAAGACACCUGGCACUUCUGGCUUAGCUGCUGCUCUGGGAUGUUUUCACUGUGUAUUGUAACCAUAAAAGAUCCUUGGUUCUCA